UGGAAGUGGCGGGUGAGGGGCUUUGGCGGGUCUGCGCGGGCCGCGAUGCGUCUCCUGCGGUGCCUCAUGAAGGGCCCGUCGGCGCUGGCCGGGGCGCCCAAGUACAUCGAACACUUCAGCAAGUUCUCGCCCUCGCCGCUCUCCAUGAAGCAGUUCCUCGACUUCGGAUCCAGCAAUGCUUGUGAGAAAACCUCCUUCACGUUCCUGCGCCAAGAGCUCCCUGUCCGGUUGGCCAACAUCAUGAAGGAAAUCAAUCUCCUCCCAGACCGUGUGUUGAGCACACCCUCUGUUCAGCUGGUGCAGAGUUGGUAUGUGCAGAGCUUGUUGGACAUCAUGGUGUUCCUGGAUAAGGACCCCGAGGACCAAGGGACACUGGGACAGUUCACUAAUUCCCUGGUCACCAUCCGGAACCGCCACAAUGAUGUGGUCCCCACCAUGGCACAAGGUGUGAUCGAGUACAAGGAGGCUUAUGGGGAUGACCCAGUCUCCAACCAGAACAUCCAGUACUUCCUAGAUCGCUUCUACCUUAGCCGGAUCUCCAUCCGCAUGCUGAUCAAUCAACACACCUUGAUUUUUGAUGGCAGCACCAAUCCGGCCCAUCCCAAGCACAUCGGCAGCAUUGAUCCUCACUGCAACGUCUCAGAGGUGGUCAGAGAUGCAUAUGACAUGGCCAAGCUCCUCUGUGACAAGUACUACUUGGCAUCUCCCGAGCUAGAGAUCCAGGAAGUGAAUGAAAGAGGAACAGGACCUCACUCUUGGCCCACGAAUCAUCCUGACCAGCCCAUCCAUAUGGUCUAUGUCCCCUCUCAUUUGUACCACAUGCUCUUUGAGCUGUUCAAGAAUGCCAUGAGGGCCACCGUAGAAAGCCAUGAAUCUAGCCCCACGUUGCCAACCAUCAAGGUGAUGGUGUCCCUGGGCCAAGAGGAUCUUUCUAUCCGGAUGAGCGACCGAGGAGGUGGAGUUCCUCUGCGCAAGAUCGAACGCCUCUUCAGCUACAUGUAUUCCACAGCACCCAAGCCAGAGUUGGGCACUGGUGGGACACCCUUGGCUGGCUUUGGCUACGGGCUCCCUAUUUCCAGACUUUAUGCCAAGUAUUUCCAAGGAGACCUUCAGUUGUUCUCCAUGGAAGGCUUUGGGACAGAUGCUGUCAUCUAUUUGAAGGCCUUGUCAACAGAUUCAGUAGAGCGGCUUCCUGUGUACAACAAGUCAGCAUGGCGCCACUACCAAGCCACCCAGGAAGCUGACGACUGGUGCGUGCCCAGCACAGAACCGAAAAACACUUCCACAUAUCGGGUGACCUAAGCCUUGCCUUUGUUUCUUGGUGGAGACGGCCUCUUCCUUGCCUCUAAGAUGGAGAAGCCAGAACUGGAUAUAUGAGGAGGGAGGAAAAGGACCCACAAUCAUCACCAGCGCAAGACCCUUUUGUGUUAGGAGACCUCAACAGACACUCUUCCUGUUGGCUGGCACAUCUGACACGCCAGCCAGCCAGGAGCACAACUGCAUUCUUCAGUGUGGGAAGUAUGUAGCGUAGAUCCUUCUCUGUAUCACUGGAGCCCUGCAUGGAGCUUCCUUGCUGCUAACCCUACCAUCCCUACCCAUACAGUCCCGUCUUUCCAUCUAGUGUUUUGGCAUUUGCUUUCCAUGUUUCUGUAAUUUUUUAAAAUCCUGUUUGAUGUCUGGACACACUGCCUUCUUGAUUAUAGAGGAAAGGCAGUCAUAUUUUGAGGGAAUCUACAGAAGAGAAUGGAAGAGGUGCUGGCCUCUGUGUUACUCUUCCUGACAUGGAGGGGAUAGCUCCAGUCUGGGAAAACAGGUGAUACUGACAGAUCCUGAUGUCCUCAUUGCAAAACAUAGCUGUGUCAGCAAGCAUCAGGAGGAAAAAGGGCACAUAGAAGUCCCUGAGCUACGUUCAUUCCCCAACAAACGUAUGACUUUCCAAGCUGGGGAAAAAAUUGCGGGAGCUGGUCUUCUUGAGAGUGGGGAGGAGUCCGGUGUCUGUGAGGCUGCAUGUCAGGUGUGUAGCUGGGUUCUUCGAGGCUUUCAGAGUCAGUAACUCCUGCUCUGAAGGAAGUCUUUCCAUUUUUAUUUUGCUGACCUUUGGUGGGUUAUCCUGCUCAUCUCAUUCGUUUGCCAUGGGAAGAAAAUGGCACUUUUGCCUGCUGGUCAGUCCCCAGUGAGGCUUGUGGUGAAGUACCAGUCUGCAACUUGUGACAAAAGAGUUGCAUAUUUUCUCUCCACGCACACAGUGUCUCCACAAGCAAAGCAGUUGUUUUGAUUGCCCGUUCUCCAGUGCCAAACUCCUAGGUGACAAGUGCAAGUCAGUGGAGCUAUAUGGAGAAGAAAACACUGGGAAAGAUUGAGGCUGGUUCCUUGAGGUGCAGGACAGAUGAAGCGUUCAUGAUUUCCUUUUUUGGCUGCCAACUGAAGCAGGGAUUCUGCUGACUGAACCACCUCCAAUACCUGGGAAGGAUUGGCUAAAGGAGCUUUUGAUACGACAUUCAGGAGGGAAUGAAUGUAUGGCAGAAUUGGCGAGGUAGAGAGCCUGGAAGAAGCAGGGUUCCUGAUCAUGGGGAGAAAGACAUCCUACGCAUGCACACUUGGGCAUGUUACGCGGCAUGUGCCACCUUUCCACUGGAUGCACUGAAAUUAGUGGAGAUGGAGUUUGCUUCUGUGGUCCUCCUUCUCCAGCCCACCCAUUCACUUUCUGCAGAACGUUCUCCGGCAUCCAGUGUGUGAACCACUGAGACUGCAGCUCCCCAUCUUUCCUGCUUCUGCACCUUCCUGCUUCACAGACCCUUCCUCUACAGUGGCUCAUGCCAGGAUCGUAUUUUUUUUAAAAAAAUCCUUGUCAGGUGGAAAUGGAAGGGUGGGGUGGGCAGUGUGUUUGGAUGGGGAGCAAGUGCAGAGGUUUGGCUUCCUUUCAGGUGGCUGACUUGUUUUCAGCAAAUGCACACAUCCUGGGUUCUAAGCAGGUGUCCUCUCUGUCCCCAAACCCUUCUGGCCUCUCAUUCUUCCCGUCUCUGUUGCAUGGCCUGCUUCUGAGUGGUCUAGAGAUCAUCAGUGUAUAUAUAAUAUAUAUAUUUUUAUUAUCUGGGUCAAACCACACAUACAAGCUGCCACAGUAUUCUUUCGCUCCUUUGAUCUGUUAAGGGUGGGGUGGUGGUGUCAGGGGAACAUGAAAUCAAACCUGUUUAAAAAUAAAAAAUAAAAUGAACCAUA